AUGCUUGCCGGUAACUUGGAAGUUGACUCACGAGAUAAACCGAAGAGGACAACCUCCGUAGCUUCUCAUCGUCCUCCUAUCUUCCUCCCUUGGAAAAACCAUGACAAAACCCCUGUGAAAACCUCUUCUCCUCUCCCAUCCCCAUGUCGUCCACGCUCUUCCCCAUCCUCUCCUCCUCCCCCCUCCCCGCGCUCCCAUUCGCCUCCCUCGCCCGGCCCCGCUCGCCCUCCUCCGGAGCCAUGGCGAAUCCCGCUUCUGGGUUCGUCCUCCCAGGCCAGAACCCUAGCGCCGAGCCCGAAGCUGAGCUCGGCCGGACCUCACGGGCACGCAUUAUGUUUCCUGUACGGCGGCGGAAGAAGUAGAGGCGCGGCGUUCGUUUCGAAUGCGGAGGAGAGCGCGGGGAGCAGCGGCGGCGGCGAGGUUGACGAGGCGGAGAGGGCGGCGCGGGGCGAGAGCACCAUGCCCGAGAGGUUCAGGUACUUGAACAGAGAAGCCCCCGAUCCUCCGAUUCGCUGGCCGUGGUUAGUAGCAUUGGCUUUCCUUGUAUAUGCAUGGAGAGCAGUUCUCUUUGAACUAUCUAACUGGAAGAAGGCUGCCUUGGCAAUUGUUGGUUUUGUGGGAUACCUCUCAAAACUUGUCCUAGCCCUUAUCUUUCACUUUAUUGGCAAUCCGAUCACUUCCACAAUUAGAUGUAUCGAAACUGCAAUCUACUCUGUCCGGGCCUUUUACUCUGGCAUAGUAGCAUAUGCUCCUGUCCCCGAGUUGACAGUGAUCAUUAUGUUGGCAUCAGCAGUGGCAGCCAUUGGAGAGGCUGUUGUUCCAAACUGUGUUUCUAGUCAGCCAUAUUCUCUUACGGUAGCUGGAUUGAUUGGCUAUGCAGCUGUGAGAGGCUACAUCUCUGAGCCACUUUUAUGGACUCUAUUGGUGGGAUUGUAUGGGUUUUCACGCAUUAUUAAGAAGAGAGAUGAUGUUUCAUCCGUGUUACCUGCUGCAGCUGUAAUGGCUGCCAUAGGGGAGCCUUGGGUUAGACUGGUGGUAAUAGCCUCAUAUCUUGCAUUAGCUAUAUCCCAUCAUUCAAGGAAACUUUCAGAAGGGAAAGAAGUUGAAGAAGUAGUGACAAACAGGAGGCUUCCAAUGCCCUUGUUUGUAGCGGCAUUAGCCAUUGGAAUCCGUGUUGCUGCUAAGUGGGUUGGAUACCGGCAUUUAACCUGGAUGAUAGUCUGAUCUUGGAGAAAUUCUAGUUGUCAAUUUCUGUGAUGGGCGGCGAGUUCGGCACACAAACUGAUAAAUGAGUCAUUUUUUUCCCUUUUGAGGGACAACAGGUUUUCUUUUGUAUUCUGUGUUCUCUUUGGAGUCUGUAAAAUGGGUUAGAGUAGGAACUCUGUCCUCUUAAUGGGGCUUAGUGUGACAUCUCAAUGUUGUAAAUUUAGGAAAUAACAGUGCCCAUUGCGUGGUCUGUGGUGCCUCUCUUUUGCAGAAAUUGCAAUAAAUUUAUCGUAAGCUUCAGUAUAA